CUAGCAGGAGAGCAAUAGUAUCCCCCUCCCUCCUGUUAAUUGUAGCAUGUUUUUCAGCCAUGCUUUCCAGUCACAUUCGCAGCUUGUGAGAGGGAGCAGUGCCGAAGCUCGCCGGCUGAGUGCUGUCCGUGCCGGCUGGGCAGCGCGUGCCUGCCCGCAGCGUGGGCGCCCGCAGGUCCUGGGCAGCCCCUGGGGCCACAAGGCUUGGUGCCGGGAGCGGGAGCCCCGUAUUGCCUGAGUCCCAGUGACACUGCUGGGCUCUCCACAUCACCUGCAUUCCUCACCUCAUCGCCUGCUUGGCCUCCAGCCGCCGGUCCAGCUUGCUGGCUGUGAUACCCCAGUGGGCCCUCCCCUGGGCUCCCGUGGGAGCUCUAGCAGCAUUUUGCUGGAGCCGGGGGACCUGCAGCAGUCGACGCAGCAGGAGCUGUGCGGUGCCUGGUUGGGGAUGCUGUGGGCUGCCAGGGGAAUGCCUGCCUCCCAAAGUGACUGCAACUAACUCGAGGUUGGGACUACUUCUCGGAGGAUGUCCUGUGUGUCUUCACUCUCUCCCCUCUGGCCUCACCGCAGAAUAUUUGGAGUUAUUUGCUUGCCCCUGCUGAUGGGGUACAGAGUCACAGGCCUCCAGAGGGUUAAGAGCAUCUGCCUUUAUGCCAAGUAUUCAAGCAGGAAAUAAUCUGCAGAGAUACAUGUGCAGCAAUUCAACUGCUGAUGCUCUCCCAGGCUGCUGCUGCUGCAGUUCGGUGUGUGUGAGAAGCCGCGCUGCUCGAAGAAGAUGCUAUCCUGGUCUGUCCGAAGUGCUGGGCAUGGGAGCGGAACCCCAGCUCCUGGAGCUGGGGUAAAUAUCUCCACCCAAGAGGAAUUAUGUUGACCUGCAGGCUCUGUUGGCUGGCUGAGCUGUGGCAUGGCAAAUACUGUAUCUUCCUGCACCACAGCAGCAAGUCCUCCCAUGCUUUGGGGAAGAGCAGAUGUGGAUGCUGUACUAAUGAUCUUCAUUUGAGAGAAGACAGGAGGGCAAAUUUCCUUCUGCCCUACUGAAGCAGAAAACUGCCCCGGAGAUGCUUCCAGAGAUCGAGAUGGAUGCAAUUCAAAAGGGUGACUCAGAUUAUUUACUUCUCUAGCCCAGGGGUGCUGCAGCAUCAUAUGUCAUGCCAUACUGGCUUCAAUAGUCCACUGGUGACUGCAAAAGAAUGGUGGACCUGGAAACCAGCUGGAGACUACGAAGUCUACUUUCCCUGAAGGCUGCUGGUCACUGGUCACCUUCCGCUUCAUACAAGGAAACUAGGAGAGCUCCACAUUAACUUCUGUGUGGUUUGUUUCACAAUGGAAGAUCAAAUGAUUUUCUGGCUCAGGUUUUGUGAAUUUCGGCAUCUACUUUGGACCCAAAAUUUGGAAAAGGGAUCAUUUCUGAGGCAGAGUUAAGAGACAGAUUAACCAGUACCAGAUGAUGAGCACUUUAAGUAGCACUGGGAUAUUACUCAGCUUGACAACAGUGUCUGUUACACUGGAUUUUAGUUUGCAUGGUGGUCUGAUGGCUUGGUCUUUAAGCAGCAAUUUGACUCUGAAUCAGAGUUUGCCUACAUCUGAUCCUCUUAAUGCCUCUGAGAAGGGCGAAGUCUCUCGGAUGUCGGUGAGAGAGAAGAACUGGCCAGCCCUCUUGAUCUUGGUUAUCAUUCUGCUUACCAUUGGGGGGAACAUACUGGUAAUUAUGGCUGUGUCCUUGGAGAAGAAAUUGCAGAACGCCACAAACUUCUUCCUGAUGUCCUUGGCAGUGGCAGACAUGCUGGUGGGUAUCCUGGUCAUGCCCGUGUCGCUCAUUGCAGUCCUGUACGAUUAUGCUUGGCCUUUGCCUAAACAGUUGUGCCCUAUAUGGAUUUCCCUAGAUGUGCUCUUUUCAACUGCAUCUAUUAUGCAUCUCUGUGCCAUCUCUCUUGAUCGGUAUGUAGCAAUACGCAAUCCCAUUGAGCACAGCCGCUUCAAUUCCCGCACCAAGGCUAUUAUGAAAAUUGCUGCAGUUUGGACCAUAUCCAUAGGGAUAUCUAUGCCCAUUCCAGUCAUUGGUUUGCAGGAUGACUCCAGGGUAUUCAUAAAUGGGACUUGCGUCCUCAACGAUGAGAACUUCGUCCUCAUUGGAUCCUUCAUGGCAUUCUUCAUCCCUCUCAUCAUCAUGGUGAUCACGUAUUGCCUGACCGUCCAGGUGCUGCAGAGACAGGCAACAGUGUUCAUGUGUGGAGAGGUGCCCAAGCAGAGGAGGAGCAGUGUGAACUGCCUCAAGAAAGAAAACAACACAGAGAACAUUUCAAUGCUUCACAAUCAUGAGGGGGCAUCUCACUUGAACUCUCCAGUAAAUAAGGAGGCAGUGCUUUUUCGGAAAGGAACUAUGCAGUCCAUCAACAACGAGCGAAGAGCCUCCAAGGUCCUGGGCAUCGUUUUCUUUUUGUUCCUCAUCAUGUGGUGCCCAUUUUUCAUCACUAAUGUCAUGUCUGUCCUUUGCAAGGAAGCCUGCGAUAAAGACCUCUUGAGUGAACUCCUCGAUGUGUUUGUUUGGGUGGGGUAUGUUUGCUCUGGGAUUAAUCCCCUCGUAUACACACUUUUCAAUAAAACAUACCGCAGGGCUUUUUCCAAUUAUAUCCGCUGCCAAUACAAGACUGGUAAAAAAUCAGCACUGCGACAGAAUCAGUGUCUGAAUGUUGCUUCAACAGCUUUAUAUGGGAAGGAUCUGACUUUAACUAGUUAUCGAAACGGCAAUGAACUCAACAGCAUGGAACUAGAUGAAGUUGAGGAGGGCCUUGUAAUGCAACCAGGGACUUCAGAGCUCUCCAUAAACAGCUGUAAUGUUGUAAGUGAAAGAGUGAGCUGUGUUUAAAGGUGGCUCAUGCAGCCUUUUGCUACAGUAUAUCUGUAGCCAAAAUAUAUUGUAUAAAAAUGUAAGUGUUGGUCAAAGGACAAUGUAAAUAGUGCAUUCUGAACAAAGCUUCUUUUUUUUUUUAAGAAAAAAAAAAAAAGUUGUCUUUCCAGUCCAGUACUUAAAAUCAUAUAUAUUAAUAUACUGCAGUGAAGUUUAAGGUUCUAUAUUUACUGUUAAUACUAGAUCGGAACUAUUAGUUACUUUGCAUAUGUCAUGGACAAAAUGUUUGAAUUCUUCUUCCAGUGCAUGAACAAAAAUGCUGAAUAUUUAUCUCAGGUGGCAUUUGCUGGAGUCCAGAAUGGCACGUUUAUAGUUAUAUAUCAAAUACAUGCUAUUAGACUUGGUCAGUAUAACUUUUUUUUUCCAGUUGACAGUAAAUAUAUACUUUAAAUCCUCACCUCUAUUUGUGCCGUGUAAAGACUGUACAGAAACCUGGCAGAGAGAUAGGAUGAAAGCAGCUGGCCAGACAUGUCCUGUUAAGGGUAGUGGCUCACUGCCAUACUGGGGCAAUUUUGCACUUCUAUGGACCUCUUUUAAAUUUUGACUUCCUCUCCAGCCCUGCUGCAUUCUUUCCGUUCACUAGGAGGCUCCUGCUCCCAUAAGAAAGGUGGGGAAUGCAGUUCUGGUGUGGCUUGGUGGUCCUGACUAGGAUCACUUGUACUCUUGGAGAAGAAGCAUGAGAAACAGAGCCAAUCCCCAUUAUAUGCUUUAACCGUUUUACAAAUGGAGAUCCUCAGAUUUAUAAAAAGCCCCCACUUGUUCUUACAGAUAAUCAUCUGUUAUGGGAUGGGGGAAGUGGUGCUCAGUGUGGAUGGCACUGCCUUCAGAGUUUGCUUGGAUGAUCAGAGUCUUUGGUUCACCUGGAGAAGAGUGCUCUGUCUUUGUAAGGGCUCAUCUUCUCUAUCCCCUCAUCUCUUUAGUCAUUAGCUCAUUUUGCAUUUGCUUUUAUUUUUCAAAACCCAGGGAUCUGCAGUGAUGGUGAUAAAACACAGUUAGGGUGCAGGGCAGAAGUUGCUGUGCUUAUGGCACAGGUUGGGGUCAGGCAGUGAGGUUCAGGAUACAGCUCCCAGGGGCUGCUCAGGAGAGAGGCAUAAAUGAAGGAUCCCUACAUUUUUCUCCUGUCUCAGGAGGUGAUGGGCAGAGCUGGACAGAGUAUGUGACUGGAAUCAUUUGCUGGUGAUGUCGUUCAAAAACUAAGACCAGGGACAGGAAGGAAGCAGACAUGGAAUUAUGACCUGGAGCAAGUCUACAUGGAAGAUUAAUCUGGAUUAACUUUUCAAAUUGAUUUAUGCCAUUUCACUCCCAAAGUAAAUUGUAUUAUAUCAUAUUAAAUCCACUUAUAUCUUAUUGAAAACAUCCACAUCGAGAUUUAAUGCAGUUUAACUAAUCUGCUUUUAAUUCACACCGUAAGUAAUUUGAAUUAAUUUUCUUCUGUGUUCCUGUGUAGACAAACCCUCAAAGUCACUGUGUCUUCCUGGCACAGUGCCUCUGGGGUGAUGCCUCUCAUGCAAUUUCCCUUAUGUAGAGUAUUGUCUAAUGCCAGAUCUAACCCAUAAUGUUUUUAUAUCUUCAUUAACUAAUACACAAAUGCUGCAGUCAUCCAUCUAACACAGAUGCAUUUAGCACCACUAACAGCCUCUGGCUAUGAAAAUCCUCAGAAGAGGAAAGCUUACAUUUAGCAAAAACCUUGCUAAGAGGCCAGUACUGAAACACAUUGUACGGGUUGCAUCUGCUUCUGGGCUGCUUCCAGCUUGAAACAGUGAAGCUGCUGGUCCUCUCUUUCAUUCUCUCCUGUGCAAAAUCUAUAGUACUUCCAUGCAGGCAGGCAAGGUAUCCUUAGGGAUCAUAGCUUACUGCUUUCAGAAGGCAGCAGAGAUGGACUGCAUACCAGUCUGCUGACAGUUUCACUGGCUUGAAUGCUUGGGAAUCUACCUGCCUGUCCAAAAAGGUCUGAUAACCAGCAGGAAAAGGACUAGCCAGAAACACAAACUUGUGCCUUCAGUGACUGCCCUUUGCCCUGUGUCAGAUUUGAAUAUCUCAAGCAGUAGAGAAAAAUCAGAAAGAUCGCAUUGCUUUUGUAGUUCUUCCCCCCCUCCCCUCUCUUGGGUGAAUUCAUAGCACAUCUUUUACAAACACGUAUAUGUCUGGGUGUAUAUAUAUAUGUGUGUGUGUACAUAUAUAUACAUAUAUAUAUAAAAGCCAACCACAGACUUUGAAAGCAUUUAGCAAUAAGUUGAAUUACAGUAGCUUCUCGCAUAUGUGAAUAGGUCAUAUGUGAAUAGCUCAUUUGCCACAGCAUCCUCGAACUUGGUGUAAGUCCACACAAAUGCAUUUUCUUUGCAUAGGAGCCUUCAUGUCUUACCCUUGCCAGUUCUGUUGUAUGGGCAAAAAGGGAACCUACUAUAUUUGGAUGUAAAUAAUGAGAACUGAACUGAGAAUUUACAGAAUUUUUAUAUAUGUUUUUAAGAAAUUCAGCACCAGAACUGUAAAUAUGUCAGGUGUUGCUACUCAGCUGGACCCGUUCUGAUGUAUGUUAUUCUAUAGAUAACCAGUCAAGGGGACUGCCUUAUAGAGCCUGUGUUCUCUCCCGGCCAGCGGGUGAUAACAUUUUUGUGAAUGAUUAAAUACUGUCAAUUGCCCAACUUCCUUUGGGUCAUUAACAUCAGGGUUUUGUGAUGCUGCUAUUAAUUUAUUAAAGAAAGUUUGUUGGUUUAA